GGUGGCGGUGGCCGUGGCCGUGGGCAGGAGGAUGGUGCAGAAGGAGAGCCAGGCGGCGCUGGAGGAGCGCGAGAGCGAGCUCAGUCCCAGUCCUGCAGCCGCCUCCGCCCCCGCGGGGGCUUCGUUGGAGACGCCGGCAGCCCCGGCCCCCGGAGAUGACAGCCCAGCCGGAGCCUCGGGAGCGCCGGCGGGCGGGCCGCGCCGAUUUCUGUGCGGCGUGGUGGAAGGGUUUUAUGGAAGACCUUGGGUUAUGGAACAAAGAAAAGAACUUUUUAGAAGGCUCCAGAAAUGGGAAUUAAAUACAUACUUGUAUGCUCCGAAAGAUGACUAUAAACAUAGGAUGUUUUGGCGAGAGAUGUAUUCAGUGGAGGAAGCUGAACAACUUAUGACUCUCAUCUCUGCUGCACGGGAGUAUGAGAUAGAGUUCAUUUACGCCAUCUCACCUGGAUUGGAUAUCACCUUCUCUAACCCCAAGGAAGUAUCCACACUGAAACGCAAACUAGACCAGGUUUCUCAGUUUGGGUGCAGGUCAUUCGCUUUGCUUUUUGAUGAUAUUGACCAUAAUAUGUGCGCGGCAGACAAAGAGGUAUUCAGUUCUUUUGCUCACGCCCAGGUCUCCAUCACAAAUGAAAUUUAUCAGUACUUAGGAGAGCCGGAAACUUUCCUCUUCUGUCCUACAGAAUAUUGUGGCACUUUUUGUUAUCCAAAUGUCUCCCAGUCUCCUUAUUUAAGGACUGUGGGGGAAAAGCUUCUCCCUGGAAUUGAGGUGCUUUGGACAGGUCCCAAAGUUGUUGCUAAAGAAAUUCCAGUAGAAUCUAUUGAAGAGGUCUCUAAGAUUAUUAAGAGAGCUCCAGUAAUCUGGGACAACAUUCAUGCUAAUGACUAUGACCAGAAGAGGCUGUUUCUGGGUCCAUACAAAGGAAGAUCCACAGAACUCAUCCCACGGCUAAAAGGGGUCCUGACUAACCCAAAUUGUGAAUUUGAAGCCAAUUAUGUUGCUAUCCAUACCCUUGCUACAUGGUACAAAUCAAACAUGAACGGAGUGAGAAAGGAUGUAGUAAUGACUGACAGUGAAGACAGUACCGUAUCAAUCCAGAUAAAGCUAGAAAAGGAAGGCAGUGAUGAAGAUCUUGAAACCGAUGUACUCUAUAGUCCGCAGAUGGCUCUGAGGCUCGCGUUAACAGAAUGGCUGCAGGAGUUUGGCGUACCUCAUCAGUACAGCAGUAGACAAGUUGCACACAGUGGAGCUAAAGCCAGUGUGGUUGAUGGGGCUCCCCUAGUCGCAGCACCCUCUUUAAAUGCCACGACUGUGGUUACAACCGUUUACCAGGAGCCCAUUAUGAGCCAGGGGGCAGCCUUGAGUGGAGAGCCUGCGGCUCUGACCAAGGAGGAAGAAAAGAAACAGCCCGAUGAGGAACCCAUGGACAUGGUAGUGGAAAAGCAAGAGGAACCAGAUCACAAAAAUGACACUCAGAUACUAACAGAAAUUGUUGAAGCGAAAAUGGCAGAGGAAUUGAAACCAAUGGACACGGAUAAAGAGAGCAUAGCUGAAUCCAAAUCCCCUGAGAUGUCCAUGCAGGAAGAUUGCGUUAGUGAUGUGGCCCCCAUGCAGACAGAUGAACAGACCAACAAGGAGCAGUUUGUGCCUGGUCCUAACGAGAAACCUUUGUACACUGCAGAACCAGUGACUCUGGAGGAUUUGCAGUUACUUGCUGAUCUUUUCUACCUUCCUUAUGAGCAUGGACCCAAAGGAGCACAGAUGUUACGGGAGUUCCAGUGGCUUCGAGCUAAUAGCAGUGUUGUCAGUGUCAACUGCAAAGGAAAAGACUCCGAGAAAAUUGAGGAAUGGCGGUCACGAGCAGCGAAGUUCGAGGAGUUGUGCGGACUAGUGAUGGGGAUGUUCACACGGCUCUCCAACUGCGCCAACCGGACCAUCCUCUAUGACAUGUACUCCUACGUUUGGGAUAUCAAGAGUAUAAUGUCUAUGGUGAAAUCUUUUGUACAGUGGUUAGGGUGUCGUAGUCAUUCUUCAGCACAGUUCUUAAUUGGAGACCAAGAACCCUGGGCCUUUAGAGGUGGUCUAGCAGGAGAGUUCCAGCGUUUGCUGCCAAUUGAUGGGGCAAAUGAUCUCUUUUUUCAACCACCUCCACUGACUCCUACCUCCAAAGUCUAUACUAUCAGACCAUAUUUUCCUAAAGAUGAGGCGUCCGUGUACAAGAUUUGCAGAGAAAUGUAUGACGAUGGAGUGGGUUUACCUUUUCAAAGUCAGCCUGACCUUAUUGGAGACAAGUUAGUAGGAGGACUGCUUUCUCUCAGUCUUGAUUACUGCUUUGUUCUAGAAGAUGAGGAUGGCAUAUGUGGCUAUGCCCUCGGCACUGUGGAUGUGACCCCCUUCAUUAAAAAAUGUAAAAUUUCCUGGAUCCCCUUCAUGCAGGAGAAGUACACCAAGCCCAAUGGCGACAAAGAGCUCUCUGAGGCCGAGAAAAUAAUGCUGAGUUUCCACGAAGAACAGGAAGUAAUGCCAGAAACUUUCCUUGCCAACUUUCCUUCUCUGAUAAAGAUGGAUAUUCAUAAAAAAGUAACUGAUCCAAGUGUGGCCAAAAGCAUGAUGGCUUGCCUCCUGUCUUCACUCAAGGCUAAUGGUUCCCGGGGUGCUUUCUGUGAAGUGAGACCGGAUGAUAAAAGAAUUCUGGAAUUUUACAGCAAGUUAGGCUGUUUCGAAAUUGCAAAAAUGGAAGGCUUUCCAAAGGACGUGGUUAUACUUGGCCGGAGCCUGUGACGCUUACUCGCAUUGCGAACUGUCAGAGUCUCUGAGCUCUACCUGGCGGGUGGUGGGUGGGGUCUUCAUACAGUUCAGUGUCUGGAGUGGAAGCAAAUCGGCUAAAGGGAUUGGAGACACAGAUGACUAACACUGACCGAUCUCACCUCAGACUACCCACUGGUUGGAAGAAGGUGGUGUUGCUGCAAGUCCUUUGUAAAACAGAGGUGUGGGCCUCCUCCUUUUUGGGUCUUCUGUGAGGUGCCAAGACCUCUAACCCAGGCAUAGAGGGAGGGUUCCUUAAUAAAUGUAGUCAGCACUGUUGUCUGCAUCCAGUGUGGUUGCAUUUCUCACCGAAGAGUAAUUAAAAUCACUCUGUCAUCCUUGGUUUAGUGAAUGAGAUGUCUCUGGUUUUUUGGGGGGAUAGCAGAGAGGAGAAAGAUUCUGUAGUUUUCGAGGCUUCUGGGUAGAGAUUCCAAAUGGGGUGAUUGUGGCAGUUUCAGUGGAGUGAAUACUUUCCCUCUUUGGCAGUUUUCCUGCUUUUUGUAAAGCCGUGACCAGUUGUCUCCUGUAGCGACCUUUGGUUCAGGCAGAUUGUGCUUUGUAGGGACGAAUGUGCAGUUGUUUGUGGCAAAGCCUCAAAAUGACAAACUUGUAAAUUUCUUUGUAUAUAAACUAGCUGUAACUGGAUUAUUCUUUACAUUUACUGUUUCUGUAAUUUGUUUUCCUUCCUUUUGAAAAUGAAAGGGUGUUAGUUCAGGAUGGCACUUUGAAAAAUGUAAAUCAUAGUGGAAAAUUAAUUUGCUUCACUUUGUGGGGUUUUUUUUUUUUCCUUAAAGAAGUUUUAUUAUUUUUACAGUGCCUCCCACGUAGGGCUAGGCUAUGACCAUUUGGGGUGCGAGAGCCUAACUUCUGUAAAUAGGACACAGUCUGUUGCAAAGUGCAGUCACUUCUGGAAAUUAACCUCAAUAGCAGGUCAGCAUGUGAAAUGUUAGUUUUGACACCUGUCAAAUAGGGCUUAGGGACUGAUUGGUCCCAAUUCCCUCAGAUCAGCUGUCCUUUAAUUUCAAGGCCUGUUAGUACUGGUUUUAUUAAAUCAUGGUCUUUAAUUCUUGCAUGCUUAUAUCUAAGUUUUAAAGGAAAUAAAGAAUAAACAUCCUUUAACCUCUGCUUUAUAGUUACCACCACCUCCUCUUUCCCCUUAAUCACUGAUUCUGAAAGCUUCACAUAUUUUCAUUUGGAUUUGAUCCUUUCAAAGGGCCUGAGCAGCAGGCUGGCAGGUAGUCUCUGCAGGAGCCAUGUUCUCAUCAUGGCUGGCUGACUUCUCCAGAGAUUCCUAACAGCAUUCGGAUAUCUUGCUUCCCCGCAGGUUUUGCAUCAGUUGUUUAACUUUGAGCAGAGGGGCAGGGAAAAGGAAGGCUGCGAUGCUGAGAACUCCCAGCAGUGUGAGCUUCCAGAGAAUCUUGAUACUCCUACCAAGUUUGAUAUCAGCCAAGGCUUGAGAGUGCAGUGACUGGGUUAAAAGAAGGGAAGGAAGAUGGCCUCUUCAUUCAUAGAGUUUUUAACACAUCACGUAGAAAGCUGGAACCAAGUGUGCACUUUGAAGGGCCAAGGGGAAGUGAAGGGGGGGGAUAUUGUUUCCAAGGGCUGAUUGUCACUCAGUUUUCCAUUUGGGUGUGUCUCGAUCACUAGUGGACAACACUAGCAUUUUCUCUAGAGGGUUGUCAACCCCGUAUGGAAUCAGGAUUUUUAUGAAGUUUGCUUGUUACUUUAUCUUGGCUUUUAAUAAUCAUUUUGGCCAGGCUUCUGGUCACAUGUUACACUGUGAGACCGAUGGCCAGGCUUAAUUCUUCAUCACUCUUAAGGUUGUAAAGUGCUGGUUAUGCUGACAUGUUCAAUGGUUAUAAUUUUUAAUAAGGUUGGAAUGACACUUAUUGUUUAGAUCACAUCUCAGUUUCUGUACAAAACAAACUGUAAAACUAUCUGAAGAUCAUGCGAGAAGCAAAAUAAAACGAAGUGAAUGUG